AUGUUAUUGAGCAGCUUCAUUUUAGCUUCUCUGGUUCUUGUAUUACUUUAUCUUCUACUGUUGCAUAAAGACAAUAUUUCAUCAAUCCCAUUGGUCUCAUAUAGAAAUCUACCUGUAGUGGGCCAUUUAAUUCCAUUCCUUCGUGAUCGAAGAAAAUUUUUGAUGGAAUGCCAUCAACGAUACGGACAAUGUUUCACAGUUAAGUUGCUCACCCAGCGCAUUACAUUUGUACUUUCACCGUUCGACUGGGCGACUGUUGCUCGUAAUUCAUCAUUAUAUCUUCCUGAACAUGAAUUUGGCAUAAAGGUAUUCGAUACGGGAAACAGUGUUAUUGGUUUUCAACAGCUCAACAUAGAAGUUCAUCGAUAUUAUACUCGAUACUUGAAAAAUCGGGACCGUUUGCAACCUAUAAUUGUUGAGUUUGUUCUAAAUUUGCGCAAGUUGAUGAUGCAUGAAAGAAUGGCUCUCAAAAAUAGUAAGAAUCUCAGUGAAUGGAUAUCGACUGAUUUAAUAACAUUCAGCCAUCGUAUGCUUUUUGAACCUUCAUCGCUAGCAUUGUUUGGAGAAAUCAAUCCACUCUCGAUCGAAAAUGAUUUUCGUCUAUUCGACCAGAAAAUACAUUACUUCAAUGCACUUCUUCCUUCUUGGAUAUAUUCAUUUUUCUUCCGACGCGAAUUACAAACACGCUUCCGUUUGAAUAAUUCUUGGUUCAGCAAAAUACAUCCGUUACAUGAGAGUGAUUUCAUUAAACAUCGGGCAGACUUAUUGCUUGACCAUCCAGAAUGGUAUUCAGCUCAAGAGUUUGGUGGGAACCAAACCGCUAUGAUGUGGGCAUCAUUGGCAAAUAGUACUCCAGCCUUAUUCUGGUGUUUGCUUUAUAUCUUGCGCGAUACGAAAGCAUUAGAAAGUAUUCAACAAGAAAUCGACAUGUAUUUACCAAGUUUUUCACUUGACGAUGAUCUUAGUAUCUCACUCGUUAGUGAAUGGACCACUGCUAGAUUAAACUCUUGUGUACUUUUGGAAAGUGCUAUCAACGAAACGUUACGACUAGUUGCAACACCUAUGGUAUUGCGAAAAUGCCUGCAUGCAACUGAUAUAACUCUGAAUGAUGGACGUAUUUUGCAUUUAAAGUCUAACGAUGCAAUCGCUUUAUUCUCUGCCAUAGCACACCGUGACGGGAAUCUUUUUCCUGGUCCAGAUAAAUUCAUUUUUGAUCGUUUCGUUCAGAAAAAUGCUGAUAUUGUGCUUGGUUUUAUGCCUUUUGGUAUGGGUAAGAAUAUAUGCCCUGGACGAUACCUUGCCAGAUAUGAAAUAAAGACUUGCAUAGCUUUGGUUUUGCGGCAUAUGGAAUAUAAAUUUAUUGACAUGAAAACUAUUCCUACAGAACAGAAGCACCGCAUUGGUGUUGGUAUUGCGCCACCUAACGAAAACGUACCUAUUUGGUACCGCUAUAAAUCAUGA